AUGGCCCAGUCUCUGUGCCCGCCGCUCUCCGAGUCCUGGAUGCCCUCCGCGGGCUGGGGCCCAGCUCCGCCGCCGCCCUCCGACAGGGACUGCGGCUGCUCCCCCGCGUCGUCCCCGGACUCCUGGGGCAGCGCCCCGGACGGUAGUCCUCUACGGAGCCCCCGGCGGCACGCCGCGCGCUCGGUCCCCCGGGCCGCGACCACAGGGAGGCGCGGCGCCCGCUGCAGCCGCCUGGGCAGCGGGCAGCGGCAGAGCGCCAGCGAGCGCGAGAAGCUGCGCAUGCGCACGCUCGCCCGCGCCCUGCACGAGCUGCGUCUCUUUCUGCCGCCGUCCGUGGCGCCCGCCGGCCAGAGCCUGACCAAGAUCGAGACGCUGCGCCUGGCCAUCCGCUACAUCGGCCACCUGUCGGCCGUGCUGGGCCUCAGCGAGGAGAGCCUGCAGCGCCGGCGCCGACGGCUCGGCGACGCGGCGCCCCCUGGGGGCUGCCAGUUCUGCCCCGACGGCGGCCCCGCGCAGGCGCAGACGCAGGGCCUGGGCUCGUCUGCCGGCACCGCCGCGUCCUGGGGGUCCCCGCCCGCCCGUCCCGGAGCCCUGGCAGCGCCCGAGCCGCGCGACCCUCCGGUGCUCUGCGCUGAGACGGUGUCUCCCGAAGGGCAGACGAUGGAGCCGAGCUCCUCAUCUCCGCUUUCUCCUGGCGACGUGCUGGCCCUGUUGGAGACCUGGAUGCCCCUGUCGCCCCUGGAAUGGCCACCAGCCUGAGAAGCCCAAGUGACAACGAACUGGCGCCCUGUCUGUGAGCACUGAAGCCUUUUUGGCCUCAGCACCUUCCUCGAAGCAGCCCUUCUCUAGCCUCCUUUUCCUGAAAGAGGGCACCAGCGAUACUGGCAUGGGCAUUCUUGGGGGUGAGAGCUAUCCCCACGAGGACAGCCCUAGCUAAGAGGGACCCGUAGAAUAGAUGCUUUAAGGCAGGCAGAAGGCCCUGCUUAGUGUAUAUUUAUUUAUUUGUGAAUAAACUGUUUUUGCUGUGUCAUUUGGCAAUUCCUUUUUCCUCUACGUGGACAAAAAGCCCCCUGCCUUCUCUCCAAAAAUGAACCUAGAAAAGUUGAGAGAGUUUCCUGCAGUCCUCAGUCCCCACAACACACAGGCCCAGACCCCUUCCUCCCUGCUUGCAGCCCUGGCUCAGCAUCUCCUAUUCCACAUGGGUCAGUGUGGAAGGAGUAGAGGUUUCGUAUAAGAAAGUGGCAGCAACUAGAGUCUGUGCAUCUUUUCUUUGAACCGGGUGGGGAGCUGGGUAAAACCAGAGCAUCUCUAGAAUCCCUGAGCGGUGCAAAUGGUUAGUGCACUCAGCUGCUAACCAAAAGGUUGAAGGUUUGAGGCUACGAGAGGCACUUCGGAAGAAAGUCCUAGUGAUUUACUUUUGAAAAUUCAGCCAUUUGAGAACUCUAGGGAGUACGGUUCUACUCUGACAUACGAGGGAUUACCAUGAGUCAGAAUCGAGUACUUAGUAUACAUCAGGUGCUUCACACAUACUACGCCCAAAUAACCAUCGUAUAGAAGAAUAAACCAAAUAAACGUCAGUGCUCAAGCCCAAAUAUGACUCCAGAGUCUGAACUCUCAGCCCUGGUAGGAUAUUGCCACAUCUGUUCAUUCUGGGGAAACCCUGGUGGCGUCGUGGAUGAGAGCUAUGGCUGCUAACCAAAAGGUCAGCAGUUCAAAACCACUAGGUGCUCCUUGGAAAUCCUAUGGGGCAGUUCUGCUCUGUCCUAUAGGGUUGCUAUGAGUUGGAAUCGGGUUUGUUUUUUUUGUUCAUUCUGGGGGAGCCCUCGUGGCACAAUGGUUAAGAGCUUGGCUGCUAACGGAAAGAUCGGCAGUUUGAAUCCACCAGCUGCUCCUUGGAAACUCUAUGGCGUAGUUCUACUCUGUCCUAUAGGGUCACUAUGAGUCUGAAUCGACUUGUCGGCAAUGGGUUUGGUUUUGGUAUUCAUUCUGGGAUAGGAGCCCUGGUGGUGCAGUGGUUAAAUGCUCAGCUGCCAAAUGAAAGGUUGGCAGUUCAAACCCACCGGCUGCUCCGAGGGAGAAAGGUGUGGCAGUCUGCUUCCAUAAAGAUUCCAAACCGAACUCAUUGCCAUGGAGUCGAUUCCAACUCAUAGCAACCCUAUAGGACAGAGUAGAACUGCCUCAUGGGGUUUCCAAGGAGUGCCUGGUGGAUUCGAACUGCUAACUUUUUGGUUAGCAGCUGAACGCUAACCACUGCACAACCAGGGCUCCUCCGUAAAGAUUACAGCCUUGGAAACCCUAUGGGGCAGUUCUACUCCAUCCUAUGGGAUCGCUACAAGUUAGAAUUGACGGCAACAGGAUUCAUUCUGGGGCAUGAGCUAGCUCCAAGGAGUCAUGUCACUGUGUCCCAAGUCCUAUUCCCCUUGCACUGGCACCUCCUCGCCUGGACUCUGGGAUUUUCCCAUCUCUCUUCUCUCUGGUUUCCUGCCCAUGUUGCUUCGGGACAUAAAAUAACAUC